AUUGCAGAUAAGAGUGGUAGUUACUGUUUCACUUUCUCCAAUCCAAUAACCAAAGGCAUCACAACAAUGGGGAGCAGAGCUCUGCUGAUGCUCACAAACUUCAAUUUUAAAGCCACUGUUUCUUCUUUUGGUUCUGCUUCAAACCCUUUUUUUCUUAUUAAAAAUAAUCUCAGAAUCCGAAAUUUCUCCACCAAAACAAGGUCUUCUUUGCAGCCACCGGAUUUGCCUGGCUUGGCUGAAACUGCUCGAAUUUCACUCGCCCCAAAUGAGGUUGAAGAAUUUGCUCCCAAAAUUGGACAAGUAAUAGACUGGUUUGGGCAACUUCAAGCUGUUGAUCUUGACAAUGUCGAGCCUGCUAUUAGAGCAGACACUGAAGGUGAUAAUUUGCGUGAAGAUGUCCCUCAAACAUUUGAGAACAAGGAAGCGCUGAUAGCGUCUGUUCCAAGUUAUGAGGAGCCAUAUAUCAAAGUUCCUAAAGUAUUGAACAAGGAGUGACACUAUUUGGAACAAGUAGAGCCAUUCAUACACUUAAGAAAAAGGGAGCAUCUUAAUUUGCAAGAGAACAUUUAGUACUAUGAGGAGGGCAGGAAGGAAGCUUUCUCUUGUAACAAAUGGAUUUUGGGUUUUCCUGAUGCUUUCAAUGUAGGUGAGCAUUUAUUUCUGUUGUGUUUUAUUUUGCAAGCAAACUGUUGAAAUCAGUCAUCUUAGGAAAGGAAACUUGAUGGCAUGUUGUCUCCCAGUUGAGGAUUUAAUGUAAUAACUGGUUUAGUCAUGGAGAUGACUUUUUCGAUCA